UUUGCAAGGUGUCAUGUAUUAUUGUUUGUAGUUCAUCCUAUUCCUAUUAAAUAUCAUUCAUUUGGUACUUGGUGUGGAUAAAUUGUGUGUGCAGCGAGGAACCCAACGCCACAAGCAAAAUGAAAUUGCCCUGCUAAGACUUAUUGUAGAAAGGCACCAAGACAGCAGCAUGGUUGAUGUCGUGAGAAGAGGAUGGGCAAACGUGAGUUGCCACUCUUCAGCAUGUGCCUGGUACACCUAUCGACACCCAAAGCGAUGGAUCCUUGCAACAGCGCUUAUCUGUCUCUACGGUUUCUUCAAAGCCAUGAGGCCGUCCGAACCCUUCCUCACCCCGUAUCUCAUCAAGGUGAAGAACAUCAGCGAGGGUGACCUGGACAAUGUGGUGUACCCCUACUGGACCUACUCGUACAUGGUUGCCCUCGUGCCGGUUUUUCUCUUCACCGAUGCGCUGAGGUACAAACCGGUCGUGGUGUUCGAAGGGUUGACUUUCAUCGGGACAUGGGGCAUACUGCUCUGGGGUGAAGGGGUCUUGCAAAUGAUAUUCAUGCAGUUCCUGUAUGGAUUCGCCACUGCCACCGAAAUCGCUUACUACGCCUACAUCUUUGCCGCCGUACCAAGAGAGAAAUUUCAGCAAGUCUCCAGCUACACUCGGAGCGCCAUCCUGACGGGCAAGUUCAUCGCCGGCGCGCUCGGUCAACUUCUCAUCUCGUUGAAAGUGACGUCAUACUACGGACUCAACGUCAUUUCGAUGGUGAGUGUGUUCUGCUCGCUGUUCGUUGCUCUUGCGCUCCCCAACGUCAGACAGACGUUGUAUUUCCACAGAGGAGCGGAGGAGGACAGAGACAAGUCUAGGGAUGCGAAUAGGAUAUCUUCUGAAGAUAGCAAAAGUGAUGACGCACAACAUGCGCAACAGCCAAGAGAGGAGACUGAGAGUGGUUCGAAUCCUCACCAAGAGACAUCAACAAGUUUGGAGAGGUCCAGUGGGCGUUGUUCAAUGUCCUGCCGGGCUUUCCGGGACUGUUGCUGGGUGAAUUUCGCUCCGAUGUGGAGUGAUUUUAAGAAUUGUUACGGGGAUUUUCAUCUGUUGAAGUGGUCACUGUGGUGGGCGUUUGCCACGUGCGGCGACUACCAGGUCGGGAACUAUAUACAGAACUUGUGGGAGAUCAUUUAUAAGAAACCUGGGAACAGCGACUUGGAUACCGAUCUGUACAAUGGGGCCGUUGAAGCCAUCACAACGCUAACGGGAGCUCUUUCUGCCUUCCUGAUUAUGUUUGUACAGAUGGACUGGCGUCUGUUUGGAGAGCUGUUGCUAGGUGUGGUCUCCCUCUUAGACGCUGCCAUCCUUGUUGCCAUGGGAGUGACCGGUAACAUCUGGCUGUGCUACGUCCUCUACAUUGUCUUCCGGUCUUCCUAUCAAUUAGUGAUUACCAUAGCAACGUACCAGAUUGCUAAGUAUCUUGCCGUUGAGCGCUAUGCUCUAGUCUUUGGAUUAAAUAUGUUCAUUGCUAUGGUUCUUGGCUCAAUACUUACCUUCGUUGUGGUGGACUCUAGGACACUGAACACACCUGCAGACACGCAAUUUGUGAUAUACGGAGGCUACUUCUUCGUUCUAGGCUGCGCCUUCUGCUUCAAGGCAGUGUACACCAUCACAGCUUACGGAUGGGGAGCAGCGUGGCGAGCCCGCCGAGAGAUGGGGCGACUCGCAGCGGGGAACCCGCGGCAGGAUCUCCCCGUGGUGCCUGUUGAGGCUGGUGGAGUCUCCACACGGUACAAGCAGUUUCAAAAUGAGAGUGAACACGAUAGUGAUUUGUAACAUUGGAGCGAUGGUAAUAUAUAAUAUUAGCCUUCAAGAAAGACUCUGCUAUGGUAGAAACAUCAGGCCAUAACUGAUGUUUUCAUUUAUACCAUCAAUCCUUGUGGUUGGUAAGUUGUUUGCAAUUACUGGUAAUUCUAUUGUAACAAUUUAAAGGAACGUACAUGUAAUGUCUUGAGUUCUACAAGAGCUGUUGCUUUGAUGCUUGCUUGGUUUAUUGUGUCUCACACGUCUUGCUUAUAUAGUACACAUACAAUGUUAGAUAUAUACUUAACAAUGGGCUACUGUUUCAAGGGUACAAUCACUGCAUGGGGUGGUGGUCUCUAUAUGCAUUUUCAUUAGUUGGAUCAUGAUAUUGGAAUGUGGAUGAGAAACACAUGUCUAUAGAUUGGGUAGCUCUACAGUGUUAGUGUGUAGUGCAAGGAUACUACAGUACAGAAUUGGUAAGAAACAAAAAUUGUGAAGAUCACAGAUUUACAUAAAACUUACAUGGUCAAAUGAUGA